AGAUCCACGCGCUCACCCUCCGUCUUAACACACCCACUCACACUUCACGAGCACUCCUCGUUCUUACAGACCCGUUUCGCCUUCCCACAACCACCACCACCACCACCGAUCAUGUCCACCCCGUUCCUUAAGGCCCUCGAGCAGCGCCGCAGCAUCUACAGCCUUGGCAGCAAGCUGCCCAAGAGCAAGAAGGAGGUGACGGAGACGAUUAAGACUGCGAUCCGCGACUGUCCUUCAUCCUUCAACGUGCAGAGCUCGCGCGCGGUGAUCCUGUACGGGGCGGAGCAUGCGAAGGUGUGGGAGAUCGUGAAGGCUGCGCUAAAAAAGGUGAUGAGCGCGGAGCAGUACGCGGCAAGCGAGGCGAAGGUGAACGGGUGCUUCCUCGCCGGUGCGGGCACGGUGCUGUUCUACGAGGACACCGCGGCUGUCAAGGGGCAGCAGGCGGCCUUCCCGUUGUACGCGGCGAACUUCCCCACGUGGUCGCAGCACUCGUCCGCGAUUGCGCAGUUCGCGGUGUGGACGGCGCUGGCGCAGGACGGCAUCGGCGCGUCGCUGCAGCACUACAACGAGCUGAUCGAGGCGGAGCUGCGUACCGCUUUCGGCGUGCCCGCAGAGUGGCAGCUAGUGGCGCAGAUGCCGUUUGGCUCGAUCGAGAAGCCGGCAGAGACGUAUGUUGCCGCGGAGGAGCGGUUGCCGUACGCUGCGGUCGUGUCCCGCCACGCUGUGCAGGGCAAUCGCGGCCCGUCAUCGCAGGGGCGGAUCGCCCUCGGCAACGCGGUGCCUUCUGCCCGUGUGCUGUCGCAGCUGCCCGUGGAAAUCGAAGGGCGAACGGUGCUGUUGCGUCCUAGCAGUCAAAUCUUCUUCUACCCGCGCCGGUCGCUCUCGCUGUCGGAGCGUUCACCGUCCAUGCCGACACACCGGUCUUCGCAGGCACAGCGUGCAGACUCCCCAUCUAGAGCACCGCCGGCUUCAGACGAAGCGGACGUCCACCAACGCAAGCGGAGAAAGAUUGAUGCUAGCGCAAACCCCGCUGUUCACCGCACUGCAGAUCGAGACUCCAGCGAGGAGUUGAUCGCAGAGGCACCGUUGGCGGGCCAGGUCGAGCUGAUGCGUGAGAUGGACGGGAUGGUGGACGUGGUGGUGCACACAUCGCAACCAAACAGUGUCUUCGGGGGAUCAAAAAUGUACCGCGUAACGCCUGAUAUGAUCGUUGAUGUAUCUCCAUAG